CUGAUUCGAACUUAAAGAUAUAAAGGAUUUUGAGACAAUAUCAAUGACUGCUGGUUUAUGGAUUUCGAUCUCCCCUGCAGUAUCUAGUGGAAGAUUAGGUGUGUCGGUUAGAUCGUUUUCAUCAUAAUCUUCUUCAUCACUAAUUAAAGCAGUAUUAGGAGAAUUAUAAAAAUCAACAUCAAUGUUCUAGAAGUUCAAUUCUUAAGCCAAAGAUAUAUUCUAUGGUGCUAUUGCUUAUAAUAAUAUUUAUAUUUAUUCCAGUUAUCAAAAGAAAAAUGCGAAAUCAAUAAUAAAGCAAAAUAAUAUUAGAAAAUACCAUUAAUUCUAAAUACAAGAAUAUAUGUAAUUUUGCGUGAAGAAUCAGAUAUUUUCUAAAAAUUUCAAAUAAUGAACACAAUAAAUGCUACACAUUUUUUUAAGCCUUCGUCGUCGAUCCUAACUACGGCUAUUAUGAUAGUCCCAUCGUCAAAACCUUUUUUAUUGUGGCAGGAGAUAGUAAUAUGGCUCAUGGUAGGUAUUCUAUGCUUCAUGACCGUUAUAGGGAACAUAAUGGUCAUUUUAGCAUUUAUGAAGGAUGUUUCCAUUCGACAACCUAACAACUAUUGCAUAGUGUCUUUAGCUGCCUCAGAUUUGUUGAUCGGACUAUUUUCCAUGCCUUUUUAUACUUUGUAUUUAUUACUCGAUUAUUGGCCACUCGGCCCAUUUCUAUGCGAUUUAUGGCUCACAACCGAUUAUACCGCGUGUUUAGUCUCUCAAUACACUGUCUUACUUAUUACUGUAGACAGAUUUUGUUCAGUGCGAAUACCGGCCAGAUACAGGGCUUGGCGAACUAACAACAAACUAAAAUUUUUGAUUGUAUUUGUGUGGGUUCUUUCAUUCGGAAUAUUCUUCACGUCUAUUGUGGGUUGGCCACUUAUCACGGGGCGCAGACUGAGAGGUAUCACCGAAUGCUACGUACCAUUUCGAAAUAACAAGGUGUUCAAUACAGCUCUUAUAUUCUGCUAUUUUUGGUCCUCCUUAAUUAUCCUCCUCUACUUAUAUCACGGGAUCUAUCGAGUGGCUUAUAAGAUAGCCAAAAAAUCUGACAAUCGUAAAUUAAAUACCCUGCUCAAAGGUAACGAGAUAAUAUUUAAGACAGCUACGACAAAUUUUCCUUUGUUACGAACUCUUAGUCAGCGAGGUUCUAAGUAUCAAUCGGAUGAAGAUAGGAGGUUAAAACAAGAGAAAAAAAUUCAACAAAUUUUGGGGCCAGAUAAAACAAAACUAAUAAUUGAAGAUUAUCCAGAUGAUGAAGAUACCGAUAAUAUUAUACCUUAUGAGUCAUUUAAAAAUAAAUCCGACGAUUUGUCACCAUCUCUAAGAGCCAAGAAUAUUAAAAAUGUUAAAACUAUUAAAUUAUCGGAUAGCUACACGAAUGGCACGAGCAUUGAUAAAUCAACUUCUCGCAGUAAUUCCAAAAGUAAAAGUAUAUCCGAAAACUUUAAUGGCAAAGAUUUUAGUUUAUCCAAUACCUCCGCUCCAUUCGUCAAUUUUAACAAUGAACGUAAUCAUAGCGAUAUGGAUCUCAGUAAAUCUUUAUUUACCAGAGUAAUUAAAUAUAAUCCAAAUCAACUAAAGCUUAGAGAUGCCCCUUCACUUAAAUACAAAAGAGUAUUUAGCGAAACUCCUUCAGAUAACUCUCCAUAUUUGAGGAACAAUUCUCUUAAAUCGGUAACAGGCAACAAAUCAAUGAAUAUGACAAACUCUGUCAUAAAAAAUUCUAAGUUUCAAAAGUCGGGAUCAGAAGAUGAUAAUAGUCGAAGUAGUCUUUCAGGGCCCGUGGAUCCGUAUUACUAUUCAUGCAUUGACGAUCAUAACAAGAGAUUAGAUCAGCUAUCUAGUCAUCAAAAGUCAGUUAAAGUUAUAAGCUCUUCUACCAUAAAGGAAGAGGAAGGAAAGGGAAGUACAUUGUCAGAAAAUAAUAAAGAUAUUUUAGGCCAAGUGCAACCCAAUGCAGCACUGACUGAUUCCAAUUUUAUAGACCCUAAAUCGACGCCGACAAAAUUAUUUUCUAAAAAGACUCGACGAUUAUUACCAAAAACCCCGUUUUUUAUUCAUGCUUUUAAUAGGUUUCGUUUGAGAAAAAAUGAAGCCAAUUCAAAUAGUAAUGAUGCCCUUGUAAAACAAAAUUUAAAUACUGAUAACAAAGACAUGGUUCUAUAUGAUGAUGAUCUCUUGUCUAGAAUUUUGAUUGAAAAAAAGAAAUUGUUAAAGCCAGGAAAUUGCGAGAUAUUAUCAGAGAAGGAAUCGAAAUUAUCUAAUGAUAAAAAUUUGAACAAUAUUAAUAACAAAACCGGUAAAAUUAUCAGCUAUAAACCAGUAGACAAUUCCAAAGAAGCAGGCCAUAAGGAAAAUAACAAGAAUUUUGAACGAAUACCUGAUAACCUAAAAGUCUUGCCUAAAGUGUCUAAACAAAAUAAUUAUUAUUCAAAUGUAAGUCAACUUCUUCAACUGCCAUUCAAAGGGCCCACCAUGAUUAACGGGAAGAUUAAUAAAAGUAUAGGUCCGAGCCAUAAAAUCAAAAAGGGUUCCGAUGAAGAAAUUAUUCUAACAAACAACAAGCCUACCUUUCCAAAGCAAACCAUAGUGGUCAAAAACAUUUAUAAUAACAAUCAAAAUAAUAAAUCUAUCACUAGUAAUAUAACAAGUUUAAAAAGUACAAGUUACCCGUCUUCUUAUUUAACCUCGUUUAUGCCCUUAACCAAUGUAAGCUUCAACGAUUUUCAAGAUGCAAGCAAUGUUAAACAUGGUAAUGAGGAAAACGGAGAGAGACUAGAUAAUAAAUGUAAUGAAAACAAGGCGAAAGAAGAAAAUGAGAAGAAAAAAAGAAGUAAAAUAUCUAACACACUUGUCGCCCAUAAGGCCAGAAGUCAUAAAAAAAGGCCCCAAAAAAAUAGUAGGGCAAGAAAGGCCCUUAAAACAAUCACUUGCAUUAUGGGAGCUUUUGUGCUGUGCUGGACCCCAUAUCAUAUUCUCGAAACUAUAUGGGGUUUUUGCGAUAGUUGUCAAAUUAAUCCUCAUUUUUACGCCUUUACUUAUUGGCUCUGUUACUUAAAUAGUCCUCUUAACCCCUUCAUGUAUGCUUUGGCUAACGUGCAUUUCAAGCAAGCUUUUAUUAAAUUAUUAAACUGUAAAAAAAUAGACUAAUAACUAGUAAAAUGAGGAUAGAUAGGAUGUGCAAUAACGGCGAAUCAGAAUCAGCAUUAGGACAAUACAAUUAUUGACAUGUUAAAAAUUAUCUCGGUAUCUAUGCAUAACAUCAACUCGAUCGGAUCCGGAGAUUUAUUGCCAUAUUAUGAUAUUUUGAUAUAUAAAUGAAAUGUUCAUAUUCUUAUUGCCAAAAUAAAUUAUUAAUUGAACAUAAAA